AUGGAACAACACUCAUCAGCUCGGGCUCGGCCAGAACAUUAUGAGCCCUACUUUCAACACCAGACCGACCAGGUAGCAAAUGGAGGGUGGAACCCAAUGGCGCCAACACCAGACCUCGACUCGCCAUCCCCGCCGCCACCGCGUCCGGGGGUAUCGUUUGCACCAGUGAGCCCACCGCCGCUUCGUGCACCCGAAGAGACGGCGGCUGGCCCAGCUACCCCGUCCAGUGUGGGCCUUGGGAUUGGGUCUCCCAGCCAUGCUGCUCAAUAUCCGGGGUAUCACUCCAUCUCGAGGGAUUCCCUCCAGCAGAAUUCGGACAGUCCCCCAACGACGCCCCCGCCGGUCACCGACUCGUCCAAGUUCAAGAUCACGCCGCACGAAUACCCGAUCGGCAGCCCAAAUGGAUCUCCUCCACACUACUACUACCCACAAUCACAUCCCUAUGGCGGCCCGCCACCACCCGAUGACCCCGGGAACUCCCGCCUCGCCCGGUUGGCCGAUUCGAACGGGGGGAAGAUGAUCAGAGGCGGAUGGACCAUGUACGCCUUGUUUUUUGCCGGGUUCGCUUUCGCCGUUGGCCAUCAUGCGUUCUAUGACAGUCUGGACGGGAAGCCCGCCGACGACCAGAUCCGCAUGAUGCGCUUUGGUAGUCUCCUGUCAUAUGCCGCCAAGGCGUCGCUCGUGGCUGCUGUCGUCUUUGCCUACCAGCAACAUGCUUGGGUGACAGUUAUCAACAACUCGUUGCAGCUCAGAUCCAUCGACAGCCUGUUCUCAGCCGUGAGUGAGCCACAGGCUUUGCUGAAUUGGGAGUUUGUCAAGAAGGCUCGCGUGGCCGUGUGCUUAGCUAUCCUGGCCUGGCUCUUCCCUUUGACCGUCAUUUUGACGCCGGCCACUCUGACAGUGGCCCCCGUCACUGAGGCCAAGGAGGAGCAGUGCUUUGGCGUCCGCACCCUCAAUUUCGACGCCGAGAGAGAAAAGAACUGGAGGAAAGUCGACCGACUCAACGGUGUCCGGGGCGUCUCUCUUUCGCUGUGGAACUGCACCGUGGCGAACUCGGUAGAAUUGGUCGAUACGCCCUUCAACGAGACUUACUUUGACUACUGGACCGAGAGCAGCGGCCAAGUCGAGCUUGUCGUGGCCCAGAGCGCACUCACGGGCGCCGUCAUCCCCAGGGAUGGCGUCGCCUUUGAGACGUGCGGUGGCGGCUGGAACUGCAGUUACACCAUCUCGUUCAAGGGCCCCGGGUAUAAGUGCGACGAGUUGGCGAGGGGCCGGAAGCUUGACGAGGACGACCUCAAGCGGCAGGGCGUGCCGUUCAACGCCGGUGAGUUGGCACCCAACGGAGACUAUGGCUACAUGGCCGAGGUCAACGAGGGCGAAUACUUCAGCAAUCAGGUCGACGUGGUCAAGGAACCCGCUGGGGGCAUUCCCGAGAUGGACCCCCCCUAUCCAGAGCACUUUGGCGCCUUCAGGACAGAGCCCCUGCUGUGGAUUGGCUAUUCGAUCCACACGGGCUCGGGCAACCCCCCUGAGAACAGGACAGUUCCGGGCUGGGACACGGCCUUCGAGGCGGCCGUCUUUCGCUGCGAGCACUACCUCGUCAACUACACGGUCCAGUUUAACCACACCUACUCGCAGCAAACCACAACGGUAAUCGAGCGAGACUACCUCCACCCCAUCGUGGAUACCGAAUUCGUCCCUGGCGAAACCGCCGACGAUGGCACCAACGACAACACCACGGCGAUCCCGGAAUCCAAUUACAUCCUCCCGAGCGACCUCGAAACCUACCGCGAGACCGCCGCCUACCACUCCAUCGGCAAGCGCAUGCGCAGCUACCUCGGCGGCACGGUCAAAUACGCGCCCUUCGCCCUCGUCGAGUCGGAAGCCGCCAAAACCCGCCUAAUCGACACGGAAACCUACCUCCCGCAGCCCAACCUCAUGACCGACGUCCGCGACUUCUACGAGAACAUGACCUUAUCCCUCCUCUCCAACCCGCAAUUCGUCAUCGUGUCCUGGGCGGCCAAGCCGCACCAGCGCAGCGGCGUGACGGACCCGGUCGGCAACCCCAACGACGCCGACCCGGCGCUGGCCUACCCCUGCACGCGCACCCGCGUCGCCAACGCCUACGUCUUCAACCGCCGCGACCUGUGGAUCGCCUACGCCGUCGCCAUCGGCGCCGCGCUCUUCGCCGUCGUGUUGGGCUCCGCCGCCCUCCGCCAGAAUAACUUCCACGUCCGCGACGCACACGUCUCCAGCGUCGUCGCCGCCACCCGCGCACCCUGCCUCGAGGCCCUGCCGUGGAAGGCGAGUAAGUGGGGCGAGGUGCCGCGCGAGAUUCUGGAUAUCAAGCUUGGUUAUGGGGUCGUGGCGGAGCCGGGGCCGAAUGGCACGCCCGCGGCGAUGGCGGUGGCGAUGGGGGGUGCGGGCCCGGGGAUGUGGAUGGGGAUGGGCGCGGGCCAGCACCCGGAGGCGGGCAGUCCGACGGUGGUGGGCGGGAAGGUGUAUUACGGGUUUGCGCCGCGCGAGGUGCUGGAGCGGACGAGGGUGGCGACGUUUGGGCCGGGCAAGGCCAGGAGUCGCAUGAGUGCGUUUAGCUUUAAUCGCGAUUGGGAACAGCAUUGGAGGGGGCAUGGGCGGGGGGAGUGA